AUGUCCCCGUCUGCCGAUUUCACCAUCUCCGACUUUCCUCACAAAGUCCUCAAUCCAAUCGCCACCAAUACCAUCGCACCCUCCUAUGCGUCGCUUCUCCUCGCCCAACGCCAGCUCAGCGCCAAUGCAUCCGCCAUCCCCAGCCUCAAUGGCGGUGGCGCCCAUGGCCACAUGGCCCUGACGCUCACCGCCGCCGCGUACGCCGAACUGUCCGACGUCCCCUUCGUCAUUCCCGUUGCUCCCCCGGCCGACCCCGAACCGGGCACCACGCAACCUCAAAUCACGGAAAAUAAUCGGCUCCACAAACGCGCUGUGGCCAUCCACAGCCUCUACGUGGCAGUCAAUAAUGCCCUCCGUCGCCAGCUCCUCGACGCCGUUCCUCGCGUCUACGUCCGGGACUUGGAGCACCCCCAGUUCGCGUACAGCAAAGUCACCUGCCUUGACCUGCUGGACCAUCUCUGGCGCAACUUCGGCACCAUCUCCGCUUCUGAUUUAAAAAACAACAUCCAGUCGAUGUACACCCCCUGGAACCCAGCCGACCCGAUUGAAACCAUCUUUCACCGCCUGACCGACGCCAUUGCGUAUUCGACGGCAGGCCGCGACCCCAUCUCCGAAGCCGCUGCCGUUCGCGCCGGCUACGACGUUCUCGAGCAUUCCGGCUUGUUCCCUCGUGCCUGCGAAACUUGGCGCACUGCCUCGCCCGACACGCAUACGCUUGCCAACCUCCGUACUCUCUUUAAGGUUGCCGACACGGACCGCAAGCGCACCGUCACCACGGGCGCCCUUGGCUACGCCAAUGCCCUUUGUGCCCCUUCCUCUGCCCCCCCUUCGAUUGUGUCCGACACCCUCAGUCUUCCCUUUUCUGCUCUCUCUGUGUCGCAUUCCUCUGCCGCCACCACGGAGAAAACAUAUUGCUGGACCCAUGGCUCCAGCAAUAACCGUCGGCACACAAGCGCCACCUGCAAGAACAAGGCUCCUGGGCACCGCGACGACGCCACUGCUGCCAAUCCACUUGUCCCCUCCCCGCCUAGUAUUACAACCUCGGCCAUUGCCGACACCGGGUGCACAGGACACUACAUUACCGUGUCCUGCCCCCACUUCAACCAACAGCCAGCCUCCUCUCCACUCUCUGUCCCCGUUCCCAACGGCGCUACCCUCCGUUCCAGCCACACGGCCACUCUCGACCUCCCUGGUUUUUCCCCUGCCGCUUGCCAAGCUCACAUCUUUCCCGGCCUUGCUUCACACCCCCUCAUUUCCAUCGGCCAGCUCAGCGACGACGGCUGCACCGCCACCUUCUCCGCCACCCGACUCGACAUCCACCGGGACACCACCCUGCUUCUUACAGGCGCUCGAGCCCCCACCACCGGCCUCUGGCACCUCGACCUGACCCCAGCCAAGACCGCCAAUGCCCUCCUUCCCGACACCUCCCUGGCCGACCGCAUCGCUUUUGUCCAUGCGUCCCUUUUCUCCCCUUCUCUCUCCACUUGGUGCACCGCUCUCGAUGCCGGGCGCCUCCCAACCUUCCCCGACAUCACGUCCAAACAAGUGCGCAAGUAUCCUCCCCGCUCGAUGGCAACCAUCAAAGGCCACUUAGACCAACAACGCGCAAAUCUUCGCUCCACUAAGCCCUCCCCCGUUCCGCUGGUGGCCUCACCCAACCCUCUCCACGAAUCCCCGCUUGACUUCUGCCCGGCUCCGACCACUCCUCCCGCUGGCCGCACUCACCAUGUCUUCGCCGCACACCAACGAGUCACCGGCCAAAUCUACACAGAUCAACCGGGCCGUUUUCUCACUCCCUCGAGUGCAGGCCACACGGAUAUGCUCGUGUUGUACGACUACGACAGUAAUGCAAUUCACGUUGAACUAAUGAAGAGCAAGUCCGGUGCCGAGAUCCUGGCCGCCUACCAGCGCGCCCACUCCCUCUUCACCCACCAUGGCCUCCAGCCGCAGCUCCAGCGUCUGGACAACGAGGCAUCCACCGCUCUCCAGUCAUUCAUGACCGCCCACCAAGUUGACUUCCAAUUGGCGCCACCCCAUUUACACCGUCGCAACGCCGCCGAACGCGCCAUACGUACCUUCAAGAACCACUUCAUAGCCGGUCUCUGCAGCACGAACCCGGAUUUUCCGCUUCAUCUUUGGGAUCGCCUCAUUCCCCACGCUCUGCUUAGUCUCAAUCUCCUCCGCGGCUCCCGCAUCAACCCCACCCUCUCAGCCCACGCCCAACUCCACGGCGCGUUCGAUUACAACCGCACCCCGCUUGCCCCCCCCGGUACUCGCGUCCUCGUGCACGAAAAACCCGCCGUCCGAGAAACUUGGGCGCCCCAUGCUGUUGAAGGCUGGUAUCUUGGCCCGGCCAUGAACCAUUACCGCUGCCAUCGCGUUUGGAUCACCGAGACACGUGCUGAACGCGUUGCUGACACGCUGGCAUGGUUCCCCAGCAAGAUUCCCAUGCCCACCGCCUCUUCCACGGACCGCGCCCUGGCCGCCGCCCGUGACUUAGUGUGUGCCCUCCGGAAUCCCGCUCCUGCUUCACCGUUUACGCCCCUCGACGCCAACCAGCACCAGGCCCUCACCCAACUCGCAGAACUCUUUGAGUCCGUUGCUGUCCCGGCCUCUCCCAUCGCCGCACCCGCUCGAGCGCCCCCGGUCCCCGCCCCUGUCCCAGCACUUACCCCAGCACAGGUCCGCUUUGCCGUUCCCAUCGUCACAGCCGAGCACGCCCCCGCACUUCCGAGGGUGCCCACCCUUGCGCCGCCACCUCCGAGGGUGCCCCCCACGGCCACCUAUCACUCUCGAACCCGAAAUCCCGGCCGCCGCCGUCGCAAAGCACGCAAGCCCCCGCCAACCCCAACCCUAGUUCCGGCUCAUCCACACAACACCCGCACCCGACCCUUUCUUGCCCCGCCUCCGCCAACGCAGUCGUCGACCCCGCAACCGGCGCCUCUUUAG